AUGAGCGUCGCAACUAAGAACUUGUUCGACCUCUUGGGCGACGACUUCGAGACCGAUGCCCUCGGUAACAUCAAGCCCGUUGCCGUUGAGGCCCCCAAGCCCGUUGCCAAGGAGGUUGUGAAGGCUACCACCUCCACCAAGACCGCCCGCCGAAGGCCCGAUGAGCCCCGUGCUGACCAGCCCCGCUCCAACAACAACCGCAACCGUGGUCCCCGCAAUGCCAACGACGAGGCUGUCCGUGACAAGUCUUUCCACGGCCGCGAGUCCAACAAGGAGCGCCCCACCGACGAGGACGCCUCCAAGGCCCCCCGUGGCCCCCGUGGUCCCCGUGGCCCUCGCCGUGAGGGCCGUGGUGCUGGUAACGCUGGCACCCGUGGACGCGAGUUCGAGCGUCACUCCGCUACCGGCCGUAUUGACUCCGAGAAGGCUGUUGAGCAGGGCUGGGGUAAGCAGACCGACUCCUGGGAAGCUUCCGGUGAGCUCGCUGCCAAGGACCGCAAGGAGGAAGCCGUUGAGGGUGCUGAGCCCACCGAGACCGUCGAGGUUGCUGGUCAGACCGAGGAGGUCGCUAAGGUCCGUGAGGAGGAGGAGGACAACUCCAAGACCCUCGAGGAGUACCUUGCUGAGCAAGCCGCCAAGACCGCUGCUCUCCCCAAGAUCGAGGCCGUCCGUACCCCCAACGAGGGUGCCGACGACUCCAAGUGGGCCAAGAACCUUGUCACCAAGCCCAAGGUGGACGAGGUUGAGGACAUCUUCUCCGCUCAGCGCAAGACCAAGGCUGCUGGUGCCAAGAAGGACCGCAAGGAGAAGCAGGUUCUCGAGAUCGAGCAGAAGUUCACCGAGCCCGCCCGUGCUCCUCGUGAGACCCGUGCUCCCCGUGAGACCCGUGCUCCCCGUGGACGUGGUGGUAACAACCAGCGUGGUGCCCCCCGUGGUGGCCGUGGAAACAACGGUCAGGCCCGCGGCCCCAAGGCUUCUGCCCCCGCCAUCUCUGACGAGUCCGCUUUCCCCUCCUUGGGUGCUUAA